GAAGCUCUUAUCAUGGCCAGCAUGGACCACCCGCAUCUGGUGAGACUCCUGGGUGUCUGCUUGAGCCCGACCAUUCAACUAGUCACUCAGCUGAUGCCUCAUGGCUGCCUGCUGGAUUAUGUUCAUGAACAUAAGGAUAAUAUUGGCUCCCAGCUUCUGCUAAACUGGUGUGUCCAAAUAGCUAAGGGAAUGAUGUACCUGGAAGAGAGGAGACUUGUCCACCGGGACUUGGCAGCCCGUAAUGUCUUGGUGAAAUCACCAAACCAUGUGAAGAUCACUGACUUUGGUUUGGCCCGGCUUUUGGAAGGGGAUGAGAAGGAGUAUAAUGCUGAUGGAGGGAAGAUGCCAAUUAAGUGGAUGGCUCUGGAGUGCAUACACUACAGGAAAUUUACCCAUCAGAGUGAUGUUUGGAGCUAUGGAGUCACUAUCUGGGAGCUUAUGACCUUUGGUGGGAAGCCAUACGAUGGAAUCCCAACUCGAGAGAUCCCUGACCUCUUGGAGAAGGGAGAGCGGUUGCCCCAACCUCCAAUCUGCACUAUUGAUGUUUAUAUGGUGAUGGUGAAGUGCUGGAUGAUUGAUGCUGACAGUCGGCCAAAAUUUAAGGAGCUGGCUGCUGAAUUCUCUAGAAUGGCUCGAGACCCUCAGAGAUACCUAGUAAUUCAGGGAGAUGAUCGUAUGAAGCUCCCAAGCCCAAAUGACAGCAAGUUCUUCCAAAACCUUCUCGAUGAGGAAGACCUGGAAGAUAUGAUGGAUGCUGAAGAGUAUCUUGUUCCUCAAGCCUUCAACAUCCCUCCUCCCAUCUACACCUCCAGGACAAGAAUUGAUUCCAACAGGAGUGAAAUUGGACACAGCCCUCCUCCUGCCUACACCCCUAUGUCAGGAAACCAGUUUGUUUAUAGAGAUGGUGGCUAUGCUGCAGAAGUGCCGAUGCCGUACAGAGCUCCUGGCUGCAUAAUACCAGAAGCCCCGGUUGCUCAAGGAGCCACAGCAGAGAUCUUUGAAGAUACUUGCUGUAAUGGCACACUACGAAAGCAAGUGGCAACCCUGGCAAAAGAGGACAGCAGCACCCAGAGGUACAGCGCUGAUCCCACGGUCUUCAUACCCGAGCGGGUCAUCCGGGGAGAGCUGGAUGAGGAUGGGUACAUGACGCCGAUGCGAGACAAACCUAAAACAGAUUACCUAAACCCAGUGGAAGAGAACCCAUUUGUUUCCCGACGAAAGAAUGGAGAUCUCCAAGCUGUGGACAACCCAGAGUAUCACAACGCUCCGAACGGGCAGCCCAAAGCAGAGGAUGAGUACGUGAAUGAGCCAUUGUACCUCAACACUUUUGCAAACACCUUGGAAAAUGCCGAGUACCUGAAGAACAAUUUGCCGGAGAAAGCCAAGAAGGCCUUUGACAACCCAGACUACUGGAAUCACAGCCUGCCCCCACGAAGCACCCUCCAGCACCCGGACUACCUGCAAGAGUACAGCACAAAAUACUUUUACAAACAGAAUGGACGGAUCCGGCCCAUUGUGGCAGAGAAUCCUGAAUACCUCUCCGAGUUCUCCCUGAAGCCUGGCACUGUGCUGCCCCCGCCACCCUACAGACACCGAAAUACAGUGGUGUAGUGACUGCGGUCUUACGGAAGUGGAAAGGCAACCCCUUCUAGCUGCCUCACUCUUUCUCUCUCUCGCUCUCCUUUUCUCUCUCUCCCCUCCCUCCCUUUCUUUCUCCCAUGAGCUUCCUCUUCUUGCCAGUUCACUCAUUUUUGAUAUUUCCAAGUGAAAGAAUGUCUUGGAGUCGUUUGCAGAUUGGGUUGGGAACCUGGACGGAAGGAAGGAAAGGACUGAAAGAAGGUGUGUACAACCUGGCGUUUCUCACUUUCCGCAGAUCCGGAGGGUCGGACGGUCAGAGAGGCCAGUCAGUACCAGUAAAGGCCAGUGGCAGCGUUGCCUGCUGUCGAGCUAGUUCUCAGUGAU